AUGAGAUUAUCAGGAGGUUUAAAAGGACAAAUCAAGAUCAUCACACCAAAAUCGGAGGUGAAGCCUGGCUCAGAGGUGCAAUGCAGACUCGAGCUCACUGCUUUUGAGCCCGCCUACAUCACUUCGAUUGUGACUGGGUACCAGUGCAAAUCCACAACUGAGUUGCCCCAACAAGACUUAUUUAUCAAUACCAAGAGAAGAAAGUAUCCACGGCAAGAAGUCGAGAUGAAAAAUCCCAUCAAUCCGCAAGGCACAGUGAUCAGGAGAAAAAUGGCCAGGCCAAACCUCACUGUUUGCGGGAGCGAGAGCCAUUUUUUGGUGAACGAGAUGAAACAGCUUUUGCUGGAACCCAAGCAAGCACCCCACGCAGCGGAAAUGGAAUAUUCAUUCAAGAUAUCCAUUCCUACCACUAACAUGCUUUACCAUAACUGUGAUGACCACACAUUUCCCAAGCGUGAUGGUCAUCACGACGAGACACCAAGAGAGUUGAGAACACUUCCACCGAAUAUGAAGGUGGAGCUCAGUGGUCGCUCAGUGAUUGCUGUGCUGCAUCAAAUUGUUGUCAGUAUUUGCCGAAUGGUGAACGGAACGGCAGUGUGGAGUGAGUUUACCACCCCAGUCCAAUAUGAGCAGUGUAUCUUACGUAUGCCCAGAUACUGGUACCAUGUUAUGGAUUCUCGAAAUGAGAGACUUGAGCUCAUGCCAGACACCCAAUCAAAUUCCCACAUGGUAAAGUCAGGGCUGGGAUAUUUUGGUAGACCCAAGCAUGAGUGGGAGGCUGUAUUGACAAGCACAUUCAAGGAGGCAGGCUUGUUAAGGAGCCCUUAUGGAAUUACCCACAGAGGGGUCUUCAAUAAUCAUUUCCUCAAUGAGUUCUUGAAAUUAUCUGUGAAGUUGCCAGCCUCGAUAAUAAAUCGUAAAAAUCACAGAAGAACAGUUCAAGUUUUGGAGGUAAGCGUGAGGGUUAAGAAGUACAUCUCUUACGUCGGAGGAGUUCGAGCGGAAAAUGUAAAAAGUAAGAAAUGCUAUUCUAAGAAAAAGCGGAAAAGCCUGGAGCAGCUCGUGCAUGUUGGGAAACUCCACUUGAAGGAGGUCGUGAAGCCAAAGAAGGAUCAGGAUGAGCUGUACUUGUUGUAUGAUCUCCCACACAAGUGCUUGGAUAUUCGUAUCAAGGAAAGGGAACAGUCAACCAUGGCGUGCAACUUCAAAUUGGAUUUCUCACUUAUCGUGAUUGUUAAGUUGCAGAUUGGAAAACAGAGCACCAUCGAGGUGUCGGAUGAGAUCCCCAUUAUCUUGUCCCAGUCACCAUCGACAAAGGAAAUCCCUGAGACGAUCUUACCAAACAUGGCAAGCAGAGUAGCGACAAAAGAGUCUGCUGCACUGGAGAUUCUAAGGGCAUCUUCUGAAGCUGAUGCAGUGAAUGCUUCGACGCUGAGUCUUCCUAUGUCUCAAGUUUCAAGGAGCACAGAUCUGUCAGGGAGGUCCAGCAAAGCAUCAAAAAAGAACACCUCGAAUCCAAGCGAGUCUAGUGAUACGAUUGAGUCAAGGGCAUCAAGAUGGCUGAGAAUUUCUCUCAGCACUCUUAGCUUGCCAGACAAAUUGUUGAAGUUGACCAAAAGAAUGUGGGACAAAACUGAGCAAGAAAGAGCUGUGUCUAAUGGUGUUGGGACGAGGACAAAUAAUAAAGAUGGGCGAGAGACAAGAGACCCAAAAUUAGCUGAUUCGGUUGAAGCACCCAAAUCAGAGACCACAUUGAUGCCAGGAAGUCAAGGUGUUGUGGAUCCUGGGGUAGAGAGACUGUCCUCGGGUUCAGCAGCCAGGCAUGACGUCACAUCUUCUGCUGACCACCUAUCUCAGCAAGCGGUGAAGUCUACUUCUGAAAGUAGGUUUUCGUCUUAG